AAUCAAAGCUUAAUCUUAUCUUUCAUUAAUCAUAAUGUUAGUAGUAUACUAUUUCAUCUCUUCAUACAACAUUAUAUUCCAUAAUGGCGGACAAUGAUGAGGAACAUCAACAUAUGCGAAUUUUCCUGUGGCAUGUUCCACGAACGAUCUCCACCGCCCUUACCAAAUGUCUCAGUUUUAUUGACGGCAUGGAGGUUUGGUUUGAAUGUUUUACAUACUGCCAUAUGGCAAAGGAACAAUAUAUUCUAUUUACUGGUGAAGAUUUACCAAUGGAGUAUGAAGGAAAUGAAGAGACGAUGAAACAAGCAGCAUCGACCUUGGGUAGUGUUGUGGGUGGAAAAGUAGAGGCCGACAGAAUCAUGUAUGGCAAUAUCAAGACGAAGAUGGAGUCGUCUACCAGCAAGUACCAGCUGGUAAAAGAGGGGGUCGUGAGUUUGUCAGAUGAUAAAGUCUGGCAAUAUCUACCAAAGGGCUUUAAACAUGUCUUUCUCAUCAGGGAUCCACACACAGUUUUCAGUUCCUACAGAAAAGCACUAUACAAUCAUCUUGUCAGCGUAGGUCUUCGGAAAGGUGACGCUGCUGACGAGAGGGAAUUCGACCUGAAGAAAGAUGACAUAUUGGUGAGGAAUUCUAACGAGUACUUUUCUAUGAUGCACUCUAUCUGGAAAUCCGUUCGUGACAGCACUGAUCCUGACCCAAUUGUCAUCAACACUGAUGAUCUGUUGGCCAACCCCGUUGAGGUGCUUCAGAAGUUCUGCCAUCUGACCGGUCUUCCCUAUAGUGAUUCACUACUUCAUUGGGAUUCCGCUCCGGACAUCACCAAGACCUGGAAAGUUGCCAGCGAUGACACUGUAGAAAAAGCGGUUCACUUGUACGGAACAGCAGUAACCUCGAGCCAGUUUCUACCACCUAAACCUCCUAUAAGCAAGGACAGAUUGUCGCCAGAUGCCUUGCAGUUUGCAAAGGAUUCAAUGCACUUCUUCGAGGAAAUGAACAAAUUCAAAAUAUAAUUCACCGAGCUAAACAUGCGUAGAUAAAAAUGAGGGCUAAAUAAGCCAUCUGUUGAACCACACCUGGAAAGCGUUUCAUGAAAGGACUUGUCGGAUUUUUUGCCGACCAAAUCUGCUUUGUCCGACAGUCACCAUGGUAACAGUCAGAUACCUAUACUUCCUAUUCAAUCAUAACCAAGGAAAGUUGUCAGAUCUAACAACAUAUUAUAUAAAUGGCGAUAAAACGCUCCUCUGAGUACUACUUUUUAUGUAUCUAAUUGUUCAUCUUUAGUAUUGAAUCUUUCGAUUUGUUCCUUUUCCCUGAUUCGAUCUCCUUUUCCUGUUUUACUUUCUUAAACCCUAUACCCACUUAACAUGCUUACCGUCACACCCUUGCAGUGUCAAUUAACCCUCUUCUCGCCUUUAUACAGUCAUGAAGGUCUUUUCAAUGAAUACUUAUCAGUAAGCACUAGACUUUCUUUAAAUAAGUAAGAAAAUGUUAUUAGUUGGCCUACAUCGUUAGCAUUAUGCAAAUAACUUGUCAUUUAAAAAAAUAGAAAUUACACCUAUCAGAUGGACAUUCUGAGUUGCGGUUCUGCAUAAAAUCAGUAUUUGCAUUUCCUCUCAUUUUCCGUGUGAAAUAAAUUUCAUAUCUUUAUAGGGUGCCACGAUACUCAAUCCCACAUUUAAUUUUGCUGAUCGUCUAAUGCCAUUGUGCAAUGAAAAUAUACAAUAUAAUAAGCAGAAGUAAAGACGUAUAGGCCUAUUAUUCUGGCCCUAUAGAAUCAGAGCGCCGUGUGUUUGAAUGACUUGCGUUCUUGGAGCGACAAUGUGGAGUGGAUGGUUGCACCCUUUCCAAACAGGGGGAGGGGGAUUUCUUGAAAGAGUAGGUUGAGGGAGGGACGUCAAAUUAACGCACCCUAUCGAGAAAACCGGGGGACUUUAACAUAAUUUUAAGUAAUAGCUUUUUUCUUUCAAAGAUAUAAUGUAUAUCAAAUUAUAAUGAUAACGCCAACAAUAUAAUAUUGUGGCGUAACCGAGCUCUGUCGGGGUAGCGUUCUGCCGUCUCGCAGUCUCCAGAACCCGGUCCACGCUUCUCCUCACUUAUAUAUCUCUUUUGGGGUGGAUUUGCUCACAAAAGUAUAUUGUGCAACGUGGUACACUCUCUCGCUCCUCUGAAAUACACCGAAUCACCCGCUCACUCACCCUUAAUCAUGCAAAUGAAGCAACUUGGGAGAUAUUCAAUAUACAGUUCAACUUGAUUUAUUCGGAGCUUACAUCUUACAACCGCACGCCACCGCAGCUCCCAGCGAACUGACGUACUUCUCCAAUAAUCUCAAAGCAUAUCACAACUAAAAUAUCGCCCUCUAUGAUUAAACUAUGAAAUACAUGUUAAAGGUAUAACUCAUUAUGCUACACAGCCCCUCCCCAAGUCUGGGCUGUCCUCGGACCAGGUAUUAACAACAAAGCAUAAACAUGAAUUUCUUUAAAUGUUAUCUCGCUCUUCCCAAGAAUUAUAGAAAACAUUAAAACAAUGUUAAAAAUAUACAGGUAUAUACAUUGGCAUUGUACAUAAAGGAAGUACCGUUCUUAACAACC